AUGCAAUCCCCCGACUUCACUCACUUUAAUCCUCUUUCGGCUGCAGGCUGGUGCGGAAAGAUUACCAAACAAGGCGACGGACGACCUCAUACGCCACAUCCCUGCUAUGCUAGUCGUGGCGGCGGACCACCCCCGUCGGCAUACGGCGCCCUUCCGCUUCCCGGAUUCCAGCCAAUGUCAACUUCAUCGGCCGGAACACUCACGUUCCGCUUCGUCCCCUCUCCUAAUAAUCACGUUCGAUUUAUCAACUGCAAUAUAAUAGGACCUAAUAAUCGAGUCCUGUAUACCAUCACCUCCAAUGACCCCCAUGUAACCAUCAUGCGGGAUUGCCAGAAGGACGUCGCCAUUAUUGAAUGGAGGUCACCGUUCACCAUGAUAGAGAUUCGAGGCGGCAAGAAGAUGCGCAAGGAAGAUUUCCUCAGGCAGAUUGUCGGGAAGACAUCGGCACAAUGCAUGUAUUGGCACAACAUACCCUACUACUGGACCGCCGACGACGCCCACUUUUAUCUUUAUUCAGAAAAUAUAUCUUCCCUUCCGCUAGCCAUCGUGCGAGCAUCGGACCCUUUGUUUGAGAUGGAAGUCUCCCCUGAAGCCGUUCAGACGGGUGUUCUGGAGCCUGCCCUCGUCGCUCUCAUCGUGAUGCAGUGGAGCCGCGGCGUCAUGUGGCAUUAA